AAAAUACAGAACUGAACAAAUUCAAAAAGAAGACAACAAAGGUUCUGGUCACAAACUAGCAGUAAAAAGCUUUCGGAGGAAUCAUUAGAGGAUUAUAAAGGUGGAUCUGGAACCAAACACCUUAGAAACCAAAUGGACUCGAACAAAAAGGCUAUUAAAAGUGUAAGGAUGACGUCAAAGAGAAACAAGAAAUCAAAAACUGACUAUUUUUCAUCCUUCGUUACUACUAAUAAGUCUUCUCUUGAGCCAAAAUCAAUGUUUUACUCAACUGCGAGUCGGUUUAGAGAAGAUAAGAUCAGCAAGAUAUGUGAAUCAACAACAGAACCAUUCAGAAGAACUCAGACAAGGAUUAAUGGAAGACUCAAAGAUUAUACUCCUAGUCAGAAUGAAGAGGGUACUCAAGGCAACUGGGAAGACUUAAUUGAUAAGACAUUUGAGAACAUCACUCUUCUGGUUAGGCAAAAGAAGGAUGCAAAGGAACAAAACAUUUACUUAAGGUAUCAAUUAACUGAAGCUUUGGAUGAGCUAGAUGAAGAGACCAGGAUACAAAAGCAGCUAGAGCAGGAGAUAGAAGAGGAGAGAAAGAAAACACCCUAUAUUCAUUCAGCUAAUAAAGAAGUUAAAACUGAGCUGGACAAGUAA